AGUAGAGGCACUCAGGCACCUAAUUUGAGAAAUGUGACAGCCUUAGUAGAUGAAUCAAAUUUGCUCUAUUAACAACCAAUUUUCUUUUGAUAUCUUUCCUCAUGGAUUUGAAUACACGACAAAAUAUGAGCAUUCAUGUCAUUAGGCUGAAGACGUGCGGCUUAAGACUUCGGUCAGAAGCAGCACUCUAUAAGUAUUCUUUUCUCUGAUCGCCCCAAUUCACUAGAGAAAUGCCAACAUUCGAGCAUGCACCACCGGGCGACGUAAAAUCCGGAGAGAAAAUAUUUAGGGCUAAGUGCGCUCAAUGCCACACCGUCGCGAAAGGCGCUGCCCAUAGACAAGGUCCUAAUUUGAAUGGGCUAUUUGGAAGGCAAUCUGGUACUGCUGCUGGUUAUUCUUAUUCUUCAGCUAAUAAGGAGAAGGGUGUAAUUUGGGGCGAGAAUGAACUUUAUGACUAUUUGUUUAACCCUAAAAAGUAUAUUCCAGGAACUAAGAUGGUGUUCGCUGGAUUGAAGAAGCCGCUGGAACGUGCAGACCUGAUUGCAUAUCUGAAGGAAUCAACUGCUUGAUUCUCUGCUCCAUGCUUUUGAUUAGUGUAUCAGGUUAUCUUGCUAUGGUUGGAGGAUGUUGUCGGGUCACAUGUUUGAAGGAAGAAAUCUAUCAUAUUCUUACAAUAAAAUUAGUUAGGGCUCAAAAUGUUCUACAAUUUGAGAGUUUAGAUGUGUAGAGGAAAAAGUUAUCCACGUUAGUUCAUGUUCAUGAUGCUUAUCAUGAACUAUGAUUUUUAAAGAGAUAUAUAAAAUAUGUUUAUAGUAUAAUGUUAGUUUUUCUCAUGUUAAA